AUAUGUAUUAAUAAAUAUUUUGAAUAAAAAGUUUUGCAACUAAAAAUUAAGUUUGGAUAUUGAAAUACAACAAGAUCUUUUACAACGAUAUUUAGCUACAUGCUUUUGAUCAUUAAACAGCUGAAAGGUGCGGUAACAAAACAGACGGGACACUACUAGUUUUAAUUUAUAAAAACAUUAGUAAAAGUUCAAAGUUAUUCAUUUCAAACGUAAUUAUAAAGGAUUUUUACUCACAAUCCCAUCAAGCAAUAACUUAAUGGUAUGGAUAAUAGUAAUCAAAUUGACUUAACUUGCCCCAUUUGUUUGGAUAUUGCUGAUGACGCUGUUGAAACUGAAUGUUGUGGUCAUAUAUUUUGCGAAAAAUGUGCGAAAAAUGUAAACUCUUGUCCUUUAUGCAACAGAGUACCGCUUUCAUUCAGGAUUACAUUGUUCGGUAGACGGCUAAUUGGUAAUUUACCAAAAAAGUGUGAUAAUGAAGGUUGUGGAAAAGAUGUAGCUCGAUCUGAAUUUAACAGGCACAAAUUGUUAUGUGAGUUUUUAAUAAAAAAAUGCUAUAUUCCAACUUGCUCUUUUGAAUCCAUUAAAAAGAAUUUGAUGAAUCAUUUAUUAACCUCUCAUAGUGACUCCGUCAUUAAGAUAUUGGAAGAGCACUACUCUACAAGUUCCUCUAAUGAAAUCAGUAACUCUAAAAGUUUUAUUAGUACAAAAAUUAACUCAAAGGGUAGACAAGCUAGGCUUGGUGCGACGGGAAAAUAUUAUUGCUCUGGAAAGCUUGAUUUGGCAUCAAAAUGUCAAUGCUGUGAUGGAAAUUGCGGUCCAGAUAAUGGGUGUAAUUGUACUUCUUGUAUGGCACUAGAUAUUAGUACACGCAAACUUCCUUCAGGUUGGUAUGUUAAUAAAGAAGGAUUUCCAUGCGUCAAAGGAAAUUCUGGUAAGUUUUACUGUGGCAGAAAGAUGGACCUUGAAUCUUCAGACGGUUUUUGUGGUCCAGGCGAUGGUCCCAAUUGCAUGUCUUGUGAAAUCAUUGGAUUUGAAGAAAGUGUUUAUGAAGAAGUUCGAUAAACUUUUUUAUGGGCCAAUUUUUUGAUUGAGAUUUCUCAAAGACUACAUGUAUUAUAUGUUUUUCAUAAUAACUUUAUUAAUUUA